CCCAGCGGCGGCGGCGCCACGGCCCCGGGGCCGAAACGCGCGGCCCGAGCAGCCGCGGGCCUGGCUUCCUCACGGGCCGCAGCGGGAGGUAGCCCCCGGCGCCCGCGGGCAGGCGGCAUGGCUCCCCGCCGCCGCGCAGGCCUGAGGCGGCUGCCCGCUCCCCGGCAGUGUUUGCGGUCUCCAGGCAACCGGGCGCCCGGCCCCACUCCCCGUCCCGUCCACGGCUGCCAUCGCCUCGCCUCGCCUCACCUCACCUCACAUCGCCUCACGUCGCGUCGCCUCAGCUCAGCCCGCCUCGCCCCAGGAGCUCCCCGGCGGGAGAAGGCCGCGCUGGGGUCCCCUCGCAGGCCCGCAGUGGCCCCCGCUGAGGCCCCGCUCUCAGGCAGAAACCACAUUACCUGUGUGAUGCUGCUUGGUGAAGAUAUAAGUGCAUAAAAUGUCACCUCAGGAGCUUGCUGCACUGCUCUGCAAAGAGGGGGACCACCAUCUUGCCCAGCAGGAGUUACCAAUAGCCACUGCUUUCUACACAGCCGCCUUCAGCUGCAGCGCCCCGACAGCGGUAGAGAGUGUGAACUCCUUAGACAAAGGGCUCUGGGAAAAAGUGAUAGCUACCCUGGAAAUGUGGUGCAAAGGCAAGAGUCAGAUUCCCAAGAUCCAGAGCAAGAACUUGGCCGUUGUUUCCCUCAGUGUGGGAAUAGCUGCCAUCUUUCUCUCCACUUUAAGUCCCGACAACGUGGUAUCCUCGCUAUAUAAACUGGAGACCCUGCUCAGGCGAGGAUGCUCGGAGGAGGUGGUGAGUAAAUGCAAUACCCUGCUCAAGGCUAACCCAAAGUAUUCAGUGGAACUGCUGCUGCUGAGGGCAUUGGCACGGGUGCUGUCAGGAACACAACUUAGGAAGGGAGUUGCAGACUAUAUCCAGGCCUUUGUGAUGGAUCGGGCUGAAGCAGUGGCUUAUGUGUGUACUAAGCAAAAGGAACACCUGCCACAGGUCAUCCAGGCCUUCUCUAAUUAUCUCUCAACGUAUCAGAAAGAAAGUCCAGACCACAGUUCCUUGGACCAGUGGCUGGGCAACUGCUAUGACUUCCUGUCUGCAGUAGCACCGGAUGAUGUCUGCGUUUGCAGGGUGCAGGCAACUUACCUCUUUAAAAAAAGCAAAUUUGAGGAGUGUGUGGCAGUUUGUAGCAAGGCCCUCAAGGGCUUCUCAGCUGAUAAUAAUCUCAAAGAUGAGAAAGCUUUGGGUCUGCUCUUGGAACGGGCUGCUGCAUAUUUCUUCUUGGGUGGACGGAUGCAGGAAAUGAUGCAGGAUUUAGGAGAAGCCUUUGCAGCAACCCCUGCCCAGGCAAUGAAACACUUUGAAGAGCUUUUCUCACCACGUGAUGCUGAGAGGAUAGGAGAACAGGCUAGAGCUGUCCUGGAGGUGAAGUUUGCAGCAUACAGGGAGGCUGUGCGUACUCGGACUGAACUCAGAAGCAAUCAUGGUACUGAGCUGCUCCCUUCUGUCAUCCAGACAGUCCAGUUCCUCCUUCAGAUCUCCCCAGGGUCCAAACGUGAGCUCCGUGUUCGGCUAGCAGACUGCCAUCUCCUGCAUGGACACAUCAGAACUGCCCUGGAUAUCUGUGACCACCUCUUGGCAGAAGAGCAGAAAACUUACUGCAAUACUCUCUUAGCAUUGCGAGGAUUUUGCUCCCUUCACAUUCAUGACCAUCAGCAAGCCCUGCAAGACUUUCAAAAGGUGAUUGAGCAUGAUUCCCCACAUCCUAACAGCUGUAUUAAAGCCUUAUGUGGGCGCGGACUUAUCCGGAUUUCUGGUGUCAGCCAUUACUUGACAGCCCUGGAUUAUAUCACAGCUUGCCAGUUAAAGAUGGAAGAAACCAUCUUAACAAUCAAGUCCUAUGUGCCGUGGAACCAAAGGGGACUGCUGCUAAAGGUUCUCCAAGAAGAAGGACAGAAGAUGCUCCAGAAGAAGAGAGAUGCCCCUGGGGUUUACCAGCUGGCUUCUCUCUUGGUGGAGCUGGAUGCUUCUGAUGAAGCAUCACAGAUCCUUUGUGCUGAUGCCCUGUACCAGAUGGGCUGUGCAGAAGAAGCUCACAAGCUCCUCUUACUAGCACUCUCCAGAAAUCCACAAAGGUCUCCUAUCCUGGCUAGACUCGCACUUCUGCAACUGAAGAAAGGUUUCAUGUAUGAUGGCAACCAGCUGCUAAAGAAAGUGAUCAAAAUUGGAGAUACCUCCUGCCUCCUGCCAAUCAUGGACAUCUUCAAAGAUGAAGACAGGAAGUUGAUGCAAACUCACUGCCAUUUCAGAGCGCUGACCAUCUUGAAGGACAAACAGGAGGAUGCUGACAUCAAAGAGGCCAUUGCCUACCUUUCCUUUGCCAUCAUCGCUUCAGGUGGUUAUGCUGAAGAUUGCCUUCUCAUCAGGGCUCGAUGCUAUGGGCGCCUCGGUCAGAAGAAAACUGCUAUUUUUGACUAUAAUGCCAUCCUAAAGGAGGACCCUAGGAACGUGCAGGCUCUGAGUGGACGAGGAUUCAUUUACCUUGCUCUGAAGCAGCAGAAGGAGGCAGUGCAAGAUUUGAUCUCGGCACUGAAGGUGGAGGCAGGAGUAGUGAUCCCAGCAAUCCUGUCUUUAAAGCAUGAAGCCCGAGGGCUGAUUACUCAAUGGCUUCUUCAGCACGGCAGGACUGCAUUAACUGAGCUAGUUGCUACUAAAGACCUGUCAAAAGAAGAAACCUGUGGGGAUCUUCUUGUGAUUGCAAAAGCCCUAAUUAAAAUUUGCAAGGACACACAAUGUCACAUCUUCUACGCAGAUGUUUUGAUUGUAAAUGGAAGGUAUGAAGAGGCCCUCGAGCACCUUCAUGAAGCAUUUGGCCAUUCUUUUGCUGAUGACUUCGCUAGUGCAAGACUAGCUGUGCUGCAGUUGAAGAGGAGGAAUGUGCCAGUGGCAGCUCACUCAUUCAGCAUCCUGGCUAAGAAAGAUGAAGAGGAGUUGGGGUUUCUCCUGAACUUUGUAGACGCCAAGCAACAGCAGCAUCUCGCUCAGGUAGCAGCCCAAGAAGGAAAGGUGCUGAUUAAAGAAUAUCGCUAUGAGAAGGCUCUCGGUUAUUACACCCUGGCUGUCUUGACAAGCAAAGAUAAUCCAAAGUAUCUCAGAAAGAGGGCUGCUUGCCUUACACACCUGAAAAAAUAUGAUAAAGCUUUAAAAGAUAUGGAGAAAGUGAUCCAGAAGCAUGGCCAUAGCAGCCUUCAAACACGGGUGGAGGACCACUGCUCGAAAGGACACCUGCUGUUGUCAAUGGCUGAGGAAGAAGCAGCAGUUAAGGAGUAUAUUGAGGCACUGCAGUUAGACGAAUCUAUGGCAUUGUGCUGCAUCACGAAUGGCCCUGGCGUUGAAAUUUUAACCAAAACAUUUCAUAAGAUUGCACAAUAUAAUUUUGAAGUGCAGCAUUAUGAAGAGGCCUGGAAAAUCACAGACUAUGGUCUUAAAAUUGAUAAAAAUACUGAACUUAAAAAACUGAAAACAAGACUUAAGCGAGAGGCAUCAAGCUGUAGCAUACAUUGAUGUUUUUUAUUUAUCUGGUUUGGGACUUCCCAGUGUCUGAUUGCUUUCUAGAUUGUUUGUGAGACUGAAAGAAUAAGGGAAAAAUGAGAAGCUCAUGAUAAAGAUGCAACGGACAUAGCACUGAACAUGGUACAGCAAGAUUAGGAACAGAAAGUUUCAGGUAGUGAAACAAAACUGGUCAAGACAGCUAUGAGAAAAAGGCAAAUUGGACUAUUCAGUAUUAUUUGAAAUUAUUGUGCAUGUAUGUAAUUCCUCGUGAAGCAAGUGUUUUAUCUGCCUGAACUGAACUAAUUCUAACACAUCGGUUCCAAUCAUAGUGAAGGAAAACAUUCUAAUAGCUUGCAGUUUAUGAAUAAUAAUCAUGUAUUUCCUUGCUAUUUAUUUGAUUAGCUUUAACACAUACCGUUCAAUUAAGUAGCCUUAUUUUUAUGGGCCAGUUCGAAAGGAUCACUCAAAAGUAACAUUUGUAACGUGUUUUAUAUUUGCGAAGGACCAUAUGCGUUACACUGCUCAGAUGACCCACUCCGGAAUGGAAGGGACCGCCCUUGGCAGUGUCUAGUGGAUUUGCAGUGAUCAGCACCAAUAUGGGGGAGUAGGAGCAGUACAAACGCCAAAUAAACUCUUUCUGUCCCAGGGAACAUAGAUAAUAUGAAGGAUGAGACUCAACAGAGAUGAAACGUCCAAUCGAGUGACUAAUACCCUGUUAUCUGGGACGCACAGGCAGCUAUACUCCAGACUUCACCUUGGACUUCCAGACCCCGGUGUCUCAGUUUGCCAGUGCCGAUAAUGGAGACAAUCUCUCAGCAGGGGUGUCUACGAGAGCCCGCCAAAUGUCAUUGUUCACACUCCUGGAUAUUUGUGCACAGAAGACAGCACCGGAGCAGGAACUAAUCAAGAAGUGAUCAAUGUAAAAGUAGGAGGUCGGGGUUGAAGGCAACAGCCAAGGUGGUAAUGUGAUUGCUCUGCAGUGAUUCUCACUUGUUCUUUGCCAUCCCUGCUGGACAGCAUGGGAAUCGACAUCACACGUGCUCUGAAGGGCUUUGCCUGCUGUCACCACCUGUAAGGACAGCUUUACUUAGGGGGCAGCACAGCGAUAGCGCCAAUAUACCCAAUUUCUGCAUGGUUGGGCAUUUCAUCUGUGCAGUGGGAGUCUGUAGCUUAAUUUGGAGGCAGUACGCCUGUGCUCUGCAAAAUAUCAAACAAUGAGGUGAGGCCCAAACCCAACAGACUUGUAUAUUUGUUUUGACUGCUCCAGCUGAAUUUGUCUCAAUGUUUUUGGACUGUGAUAAUACAACCGUGGAGAAAAAUAGAAACUACUAUUGAAAACAAAGAUUAAAUAAAUACUGAGAACUGCUCUCCUGCUUUGAUUACGAUGAAAGGGAAAUGGAACAUUUUCUGUUUUGUUACAUUGUUUCCUGAAAGACAACAUUCCGGAGUGAAGCUUCAUUCAACAGCCGUGCAAUCAACCCAACAGGCAGUGAUACCAUCUCUACCCUUACAUCUCCUUUUCUUCUCCGCAUGCUCCUUUUUUUCUUCCCUAAGAGCACAGCUCCUGAUACUGCCACAGCCACGUCCCGCACACCCCCCCGUUGUUCAUUCAGGAUGC